AUGAGCGAAGACAAGAGAAACUUGGCCAAAAACUUUUUGGCCCGAGAAUUCCCGCCUUUCAAGAAGUCGUCGGUGCUCGAAAGAUGCCGCGAAUUUAUGCCAUUGAUCGCUGCUGCCAAUGCUGAACUGAAGAGGAAGACAGAAGAGGGAAUCAGCGGUUCUUUGAGUGGAAUUUCGAUUGUUCCCAUUGCCAAAAAGACCAAAAGCGAUGAUGAAGAAGAGGAGAAGCCUGUGGAGGAACAGGAAUCAAGCUCUGAUUCUAGUGACAGCGAAGAAGAAGAUCCUGUAAGUGAUUUUGAUGAUUUAUUUUAUAAUUUAGACACAAAAUUGGAUGAUAAUAUGAAUCAUGAGAAAAUGAAGCCGUUUUGUUUUUAGAAUGCCGUAGAAUUUGACAUUGACGUCCGUGGCGCUUCAGAUUCCGAAUCAGAAGCCGAGGAAGAUGGCUCACAAAUCCCAGAAGCCUUCAAAACUCCGAUUGAAAAGAAACCCAAACAAAAACUUAUCCAAAUCAUAGAAGACGAGGCUUAA